GUUGUAGAUUUCAGCUUUGCUAAACUCACCCGGUUUCUCUCUGAUUCUCCCUACUUGAACAUUCGAUUAAUCUAUUUCACAGAACAAUUCUUUGGAUUACAUUUGAGCAGAGGAGAGUGUGGAAAGAGAUGAGUGGGCACAAGAUAGCGCACGCAACAUUGAAAGGUCCAAGUGUUGUGAAGGAGUUAGUCAUCGGUCUCACACUGGGGCUAGCGGCUGGAGGGCUAUGGAAGAUGCAUCACUGGAACGAGCAAAGGAAAACAAGAGUCUUCUAUGAUUUGCUUGAGAAGGGAGAGAUUGGUGUUGUCGUUGCAGAGCAGUAGUUUAGUAGAAAUGACGAUUACCUCAAAUUUGAGUGUUUGCAAUGUAAACAGAGAGUGUUGAAACAUAGAUAUCAUCUUUUGAUAUUGGUUUCAGCUAGAGAUAACACAUCAAUUUGUCAUGAUAUUAUGUUACAAAUUACGUUUUUGUAGAUUAACACCCUCCUGACUUUGUUUAUUUUAACAAAUAAGACCCAUUCUAUCUUUAUUUAA